AUGGAUGACAGUUGUUUGGAAACCAUCAUUGGGCAACAACAGACGUUAGACAACAAUGGAAUAUGGUACAAACAAAUUCAGCCCAAAACAUAUGUAUGGGUGGCUAACAGAGAUAACCCGGUUAACUCAUCAUCUGGGAAGUUAACAAUUGGCGGAAAUGGCAACAUAAUACUUUUUAACCAACCGGAAACCGCGGUCUGGACGUUGAAUGACUCGAAUCAUUCGGUUCGGGCUGUGAACACGGUGGCUCAGCUUCUUGAUUCGGAUAAUUUUGUGCUUCGACCGGAGGGUGAUGAGAGACCGGAGAGUUAUAUAUGGGAAAGUUUUAAGAAUCCGACGGAUACUUUGUUACCCGGAAUGAGGCUCGGGUGGGACCGAAAAACGGGUGUGAAUCGGUUUAUGUGGUUGUGGAAGUCGGGUAUGGAUCCGGGUUCGGGUAGUUACACGUUUAAAAUGAACGUGGAUGGGUUCCCGGAGAUUUUUUUAUCGGCUGGGGUGAAACCGGUGUACCGGAGUGGGCCGUGGAACGAGAAACGGUUUAGCGGUGUACCGGAGAUGAAAGGCGUGAACUUAAUCAAGUUCGAGUUUGAAAAUAACUAUAAUGAGGUGUUUUAUUCGUAUGAAAUGGCGAAUAAGUCAGAUUAUUCGCGGUUAAUUAUGACUUCAUCCGGUACUCUGCGAAGGUUCACGUGGAUCGAGUCAUCAAAAACAUGGAACCCAUACUGGUUCGCCCCACGUGACCAGUGCAAUGAGUACCGGAAAUGUGGGCCGUGGGGCGUUUGUGAUGCAAACGCCUCGCCCUUAUGUAAAUGUAUGAAGGGGUUCCGCCCGAAAAACCAACAAGUGUGGGAUCUACGAGACGGGUCGGACGGGUGUGUUCGGAGCUCCGAGAUGGAUUGCGGGUCGGACGAAUUUCGGCUAAUGAAGAACAUGAAAUUGCCGGAGGGUUCAAAAGCAUUUGUUGAUCAAACGUUGGGUUUGAGUGAGUGUGGUGAGAUUUGCAAAAGAUAUUGUGUGCAUUGCAACAUUCGUUAUGGAAUUUCUCUUGACAAUCUAUUCGCUCAGCGCCAUGCCCCGAGGUUUCCGCCUUCGGUUGCCUUUUGGUUUAACCAACGCACCCGCGGUUUUCAUGGAUCUGAUAAAUCGCGUGUGUAA